AGCAUCCACCUGUGUCUGAUGUCUAGUAUAGUCACAUAUGGACUUUUCAAUUACCACGAUAACCCCACCCCAGUCUUUCCUUUCUACUACUACUAUAAUCUAACCCCCAAAACAUCAUCUAUCCAUCUAUUUACAAAUCUGACUUCCAUUUCCACAUUUCGUGUUCACAUUUUCUGGUGCAUAUCUUUCAGAUCUAAUUUCUUUCGUCACUUCUUCAAAUCGUCCCCACACCACAAACCCAUUCAACAAUAAAAACUCACACACAUUCCACACAACAAAUUAUUCACUAUACGACUAACAUCAUCAAUUCCUUUCUUUUCCUUGGAAAUCUCCGCCCAUUCCCAUACAUACCCAUUCCCUUUAUAUAUACCCCCCAUUACCCCCAUUUAAUCCACAAUGUAUGUCUCCAACUAUAUUUCAAUCUCUAUUAACACCGUCAAAUUCAAUGGACGGUGAUUCUCCUCUUCGUUACCGGAAACCCAAUUUCUAUAAUUCUUCUAACGGAAACGGUUACUGUUACGGUUACGAUUACGAUUACGGUUACGAAACAAUGAACAUGAAGGGAAAGAAAUUGGGAUUAAAAGGAUUGAUAGAAACAGCGUCGUUUAUGAAAUGGGGAUUUGAUGAUGUAGUAGGAGUGGUGGUUAAUCAUCCAUUACCUUGUUUUUUUAUGGUGGCGUUGUUGUUUUUUAUGGGUGUUGAGUAUACUUUACGUAUGAUUCCUAGUGAUUCUCCGCCAUUGGAUGUUGGAUUUCUUGCUACACGGUGGCUUAAUCGUGUGUUUUCAUCUAGUCCUUAUUUCAACACCUUAUGCGCCGCUCUUAACACGGUGUUCGUGGGGAUGCAAACAGCAUACAUAUUGUGGGUUUUCCUGGUGGAAGGAAGAAUGAGACCUGGCCUUGCUGCCUUGUUUAUGUUCACUUGUAGAGGAAUUCUUGGUUACUCCACUCAGUUACCUUUGCCUCAGGAUUUCGUGGGUUCGGGAGCGGACUUCCCCGUGGGAAAUGUGUCAUUCUUCUUGUUCUAUUCCGGCCAUGUGGCUAGUGCGGUGAUUGGGUCUUUAGACAUGAGACGCAUGCAAAGAAGGGAGUUCGCAUGGACAUUUGAUUUUCUGAAUGUGUUGCAAAUGGUUAGGUUGCUUGGAACAAGAGGUCACUACACAAUUGAUCUAGCCGUUGGUAUUGGAGCUGGUUUCUUGUUCGACUCUCUUGCUGGCAAGUAUGAGGAGAGCAGGAAAAUCUACUCUCCAUUAAGGUAGAUGUUAAAAAAAAGGAGGAGGGGGGG